AGUCCACCUUCAAGGAGAGCGACAGCAGCAGCCCAUAAUAUAUCCAUGCAGCAGCCUCGGUCCGGUGACACUUUGUCGUCGCCAGACAGCUAACUAUAGCACGGGUCGGGCCCGGUUGGGUUGGACUGGUACGCUACCUUCCGCUCUCGUGAAGUAAAUAUUAUGGCGGCCGCGGAUCCCCGGUCCUCGAGUGACGGCGGGCCGGCCAGCAGAGGAGGAUUCCCGGCCGGGGAGAGCAGCAACGACCGCGACGGGCUGGGCGGCGGCGGCGGCGGCGGCAGCAGCAGCAGCAGCGGGGAGGGGGAGCGGGACCGGGCCACCUUCGAGUGCAACAUUUGUUUGGACACUGCCAGGGACGCUGUCAUCAGUAUGUGCGGCCACUUGUUCUGCUGGCCCUGUCUUCAUCAAUGGUUGGAGACGCGACCCAGCCGGCAGCAGUGUCCAGUAUGUAAAGCGGGCAUCAGCAGAGAGAAAGUCAUCCCGCUGUACGGCAGAGGGAGCUCCAGCCAAGAGGACCCCAGGUUGAAAACUCCACCACGGCCUCCGGGACAGAGAACGGAGCCAGAGGCUCGAGGGGGGAUGUUUCAGGGUUUCGCGGACACUGGCUUUCACAUGUCUUUCGGCAUCGGAGCGUUCCCCUUCGGCUUCUUCACCACAGUCUUCAACGCCAACGACCCCUUUCACAGAGCAGACCAGUAUGCAGGUGAUCCCCAAGGCAACAGUAACCUCAACAACGGCAAUAACAACUGGCAAGACUCCCUCUUCCUGUUCGUGGCCAUCUUCUUCUUCUUCUGGCUCCUGAGCGUGUGAUGGAGACCUGAAGCGACGGACGGACGAGUGGAUCGAGGAGCGCAACAAAUAAUAAUUAAAAAAAACCCUCUCGCACACUAAACUCAAUUCACAGACACGCACUCAUUUUACAUUUCCUAGCAGGUACUAACUUGGGAGAGAGUGUAGCAUUGUUUGAUCUCAAAACAAGAUAUACAGUAUGUGUGUAUAUAUAGAUUACAUAUACUAAUAUUUGGAUUUCUCCUCCUGGCAAAGGCAGAUUGUCUUUAGGAUUCUAAGAUUUUGUUUAUGCAAGAAACACUGGAAAGUUGUAGUGCGUGAUUCCCAAAAUACGUCCUGUAGAUAAAUGCACACAGAAAAAUAACUGUUGGGGUUCAGAGACAGUAUUAGGGGGUAGGGGGUGACCUGUGUUUUUUUUUAAGGGGUGGGUGGAGGAUAAUUCAGGGCUUUUUUUGGUUUUUCACAUUCCUCUUAAAGGUUUAUUCCUUCGAUGGAGAGAGGGAGGCACAUUGUGGAAAGUUUAAGUGGGGAUUUAAAAGCAGUAAAGAGGGGGAGGGGUAUGAGAACGCGGUUGUUGCAUUAGCAAUUUUACCUUUACCCUCAAAGGCCAAAGAGUAGUGGAUCAGUCAUGUGCGAUUUCGGCGGGGGAGGUGAAAAAUGUUAUCAAAUGAUGUUCCUGUUUACAGUUUCGUCCUGAAUUGAACACGCACUCCCAGAAUAUGCAACAUGGCACAGGUGGAUGCAUUUAAAAAAAAAUAUAUAUAUAUAUACAUACAUACAUACAUACACACGUCUUAACAAAACCUGCCAUUGCACUGUGAAGUCAUUUGUAGACGGAGCUGCCCUAAAGAUCAAAGCGUGUGCUGGUGUUUAACCACUCGUCGUGUCCUUCCUCACAAAGCUGUGCAAACACGGGAUGGGUGAACCGGUAAAGGGCCCGCUUGGGAGAUUUUCCGCGUCAACACGAGCAACUUGAGAGUUUAAAGCACACAGUUUGGUCAUUUCAGAGCAAACUGUCAGAAGAGAAGUUCUGGCUAAUAAAGUAGCUCGAUGCUACGCGACUCGCCGUGACCGCCGAGUUGACGCGGUGUGAGGAGAAUCCUUUCAAUUAGUCGCAGAGGUGAAAAGGUCAGCACAGCGAGGAAUUCACAGUAAUGAACUUUUGUCACAGUUGUUUUGUGUUUGUUAUUUUUCCCCCGACUGUAUGUGUCACAGUGUGUCCGAGUGAGUGUGUAAACAUUAUAUAUUUGUAUAUAUGAAUAUUGUAAAAGCUGUUUUUACGUGUUUUCUGAGUGGAUGACUAGCCGCAGAGGGCUAAAAGGAUUUAAAAAAAAUAGGCCUCGAGAUGCUUUUGUAAAGCAAGACGUUAUCUUCUUCCUGGUUUUUCACUAAUUCCUUCCUUUGACUCAAGAAAAGGCGUGCAGGCCUAAUAAAUAACUUCUGCCAACCUCUCCCAUUACGUUACACGAAUGUUGUGAGUGCAAACGUUGUUCCUUCCCUGUUCAUGUCAUUUAAUAUGAGGAUAUCGGCUCUCUUCUGGCUGACAAAGUACGCGGUGCAGUUUCCUUUUUACUGUACGAACUCGUUCAUGUUUAAUAUUUGACUAAACUAGCGAGAAGUGCUUCUCUCACUGCUUUCUAACGCGACACCUCCAGACUCCCCACCUGUCUGGAGCGAGAAAAGGCUUCAUAGGACUUUUUCAAACAUAGACGGUAGUACUCCCCAACACCUGUAAGCACACUUCAGCUGAACUAGAAGUAAUGACUCACACCAGGGUCAGAGAGACACUGUAUGUCCUCUGGGAGGGAUGGGAUGGCUGCUGGAGCGUUACAUUUCUUGCAUACUUGUCCGUUCAAGCUACACUUUGUAUUAUAAAGCUUAUGCGACACUAAAACAAGUGACGUAAGUCACGAUUCGACAGACUAAAGCUGGAGUCGUUUUGCAAAACCAAAUGUUGUAGGAGAUUAAAACUUCAUGAAAACAUCAA